AUGGAUGAAAAGGCUCAACUUCCGCCUUAUAGCUCCAUCUCGCUGCCAGCGCCCGUUGGCCAACAGCAACAGAGGAGCAGGCGAUCGUUGCGUCGUUCACGUGCCAUCAGACUCUUUGCUUUGGCAUGUCUUGGAUUCAUCGUCUUUGCUCAAUGGCGACAAAUUUCACCGCGAAAGGGAACCACUUUAUCUGUCCAGAAAUUAAAUGAGGACCUGCAGACGUGCAAGAAGUUCCAUGUCAAGCCCCAGGACCCCGCUGGUCUUGGACGAGAUAAGAAUGCCCGUUAUAUCGAUGGUGGCAAGCCAACUCUGAUCAAGAACGCUACUAUCUGGAUUGGAGAGCCUGCCGAGGGAACUAGUCAAGAGGAUGCGCGUUCUGGAAAGGGCUGGGAGUGGGUGCAGGGUGAUGUCUUUCUAGAGAAGGGUCUCAUUCAACGUGUCGAGAAAGAUAUUAAGACUGAUUCCUUGCCCGACAACACUGUUGUAUACGAGGCCUAUGGUCGCCGAUUAACGAGCGGUGUUGUCGAUACGCAUAGUCAUGCUGGCGUGUACCCGCUACCUUCUCUCAAUGGUAACUCUGAUGGCAAUGAGAUGUCAGACAACAUCACACCCUGGGCCCGCGCCAUCGACUCGCUUCUUCCCUUGGAUCCUCAAAUCGAGGUCAUCAAAUCAGGCGGUGUUACGACUUCACUCAUCCUACCAGGCUCCGGUAACAACAUUGGCGGAGAAGCCUAUCUCAUCAAGCAUGCUGUCGGCAAACCAGAUGGCCGCAAAGAAAUCAGCGCCCAGGACUUACUGGCCGACCCUGAUCGCAACUGGCGGUACAUGAAAAUGGCUUGCGGUGAGAAUGCCAAGAAUGUUCAUGGCCGCGUUGGAAACAGACCUUUCAGCCGUAUGGGUGAAAGCUACGAAUUCCGACAUGCUUUUGAGCAGGCCAGAGACCUGAUUCAGAAGCAGGAUGACUGGUGUGCCAAGGCUGAGUCCCAAGGCGUUGAGUCUCUGGAUGAGUAUCUUCCUGGCGAGAUUGCUUGGGAAUCUCUGACCGCUGCUCUCCGUGGCCAGGUCCAUAUCAACACGCAUUGUUAUACUAUUCCUGACCUAGAGGCCAUGGUUGACCAUACCAAUGAGUUUAAAUUCGCUGUUCGAGCUUUCCACCAUGCCCAUCAGACGUACCUAGUCCCAGAGAUUCUGAAGAGGACCUGGGGAGGACGCGCUCCUGCGUCAGCUCUCUUCGCUGACAACAUGUUUUACAAGACUGAAGCCUAUAUCGGCUCCGAGUACGCUGGCAAGAUCCUCAAUGAAAACAACCUCACAGUCGUAUACGUCAGUGAUAACCCUGUCAUCAAUGCGCAGCACGUCCUCUUUGAAGCAGCCAAGGGACACCAUUACGGUCUUCCAUAUCACGUUGCCAUGGCUAGUGUCACAUCUGCGCCCGCCGAGCUGCUUGGUAUGGGCAAGCGACUGGGCAAGGUCAAGCCUGGCUUCGAUGCCGAUGUUGUUGUCUGGGAUAGCGACCCUCUCAGUGUUGGCGCAGCUCCUGUUCAGGUCUGGAUUGACGGAACAGCUCAGUUUGAAAGCCCCAUCGAGCUGUCUAAGCAACAUGAAUCUUCUGUAGCCAUCGAGAAGCCUGCCGAAAUUGUAGAGGAGCCAAGCAAGCUUGAUAACGUCCUCUUCACUGGUGUCACCAAGGUGCUUCUCGAAGAUGGCAAGACUUACGAAUCUCAGGGUCAGCCUGUCAACGUGGUUGUCUCCAAGGGCAAAAUCUCUUGCAUUGGCAACUGUGACUCCGAGUUCGAUGCUGCGAUCGCAACUGAUGCAAAGACCAUUGCUCUCAAAAAUGGUUACUUGACGCGAGCUUUCACAGCUGUGGGCGGUACCUUGGGUCUCAGCGAGAUCGAAGCCGAGGAUGUGACCAACAAUGGACCCAACCCGCUAGUCUUCUCCAGGGCCAUUGACGGACUUGCACUGGAUUCCAAGAAGUUGCACGUUGCAGCUCGCUAUGGUGUCACCAGGGCCAUCUCAGCUCCCGUUUUUGUGGGUGGUGCAACUCACUUUGGCACCAGUGUUGGCUUUUCGACUUCAGCAUUGACUAGUAUCGAAGAAGGGGCUGUAUUUGCUCCUGAUCUGGCAGUUCACUACACUCUGGACAUCAGUAUCAGGGGUACAACUAGCUACUCGGCCGCCUUUGGUGGACUGAGAAACAAGUUACUGACGGCUGCAACCUCCACUCAGCCUGUUGUUAACCCAUUUUCAGAAGAAGCCUAUCUCAAGAAGGUGGUGAAUGGUGAGCGAGUCCUGGCCCUUACGAUCAACAGUGCAGAUGGGAUUUCGACAGCUCUUCGAAUCAAGUCUGAGAUUGAAGGUUUACUCGAGACUUCCAACGUGGCUCAGCGCCUCAAGGUGGCCAUCAUCGGUGGUGCUGAGUCCCACAUGGUGGCUAAGGAGCUUGGAGAGGCCGGCGUUGGUGUUAUCCUGUCGCCUUUGCAGUCGACCGGUGAUAGCUGGGACUCACGUCGUGUACUCACUGGCGCGCCACUUACAAAUGGCACAGUUGCCGAUGCACUUCUUGAUGCAGGCGUGACAGUGGCAAUUGGACUCCAUGAGGACUGGGAGCUGCGUGAUCUUGGCUUCGCUGCUGGAACUGCUUACAAGAACGGAGGUGGGCGGUUGGAUGAGAAGGAGGCAAUUGAUCUUGUUAGUACAAAUAUCUACAAGAUCCUUGGAGCAGACGAAACGGCGACAAAGGAUUCUGGACAUUUCAUGGUAACAGAAGGAAGUCCUCUUGAGAUUGGAUCGCGGCUCAAGGCGGUUGGUCAUGGAAGGGACCGAGUAUCUGUGUUUAUCUAG